AUUUUCCUUCGUUUUAAAACAGAAGAAGAGUAAGAGUAGCUACUACUCAUAAUCCCUUUAAAAAGUCUCCUCCCAAAAGCAAAGCAUCCAUUAUCAAAAACACAAGCUAAGCAACAGAAGCUUCCAGAGGUCGAGCGAGGACACCAUCGUCAUUUUCUCCAGAUCCAUCCAUCCAACAAAGGGCCAAAGCUGUUACACAGAAAACAGUGCUUUUGCAUCUGUUCGCAGGAGGAAGAGUAAGAAGAGAGGAACCUUUCUCCCUCUACAGCACUUGAACAUUUGAUUCUCGGCGAGAGACUUUGAGAGAGUAGACUGAACGGGAAGAGUAAUUUAGCAGAAUUUAAUAAGGGAAGAAAAUGGAUAGAAGCACUCCCGUCAGGAAACCACACGCAUCGACCGCAGAUCUGCUUACGUGGUCCGAGAAUCCGCCUGCAGAUUCCCCUGCCCUGGGUUCCGCUGCUUCUCGCUCCGCCGUUCGUUCUCAUCAGCCGUCUGAUGGCAUCCGAAAGGUGGUGUUCGGAGGUCAAGUGACAGAUGAGGAGACUGAGAGCUUAAACAAAAGGAAACCUUGUUCAGGAUAUAAAAUAAAGGAGAUGACUGGUAGUGGCAUUUUUUCAGCAAACGAAGAAGAGGAUGCUUUGGAGUCUGGUAGUGCCAAUCCUACUCCAAAUAGCAGGACAGGAGUUCGUAUAUACCAGCAAGCGCUUGCUGGAAUCAGUCAUAUCUCAUUUGGGGAGGAAGAGAGUGUUUCUUUGAAAAAGCCUACCUCAUUGCCUGAGGUGGCAAAGCAGCGUGAACUUAGUGGGACCUUGGAGAGUGAGGCAGAGGCAAAGUUGAAGAAGCAGCUUUCUGAUGCGAAAUGCAAGGAGCUCAGCGGACAUGACAUCUUUGCUCCUCCACCCGAAAUAGUACCACGGCCAGCUGUUCGAGCAUUGGCCUUAAGAGACAAUUUUGACAUGGGAGAACCUGCCACAAGCGAGGCUACAGGAGGACAAAGCACCAAUGAACCUGGGAUGAAGACAGCUAAGAAAAUUUAUAAUCAGAAAUUUGCUGAGCUUUCGGGAAAUAAUAUAUUCAAGGGCGAUGUUCCAGCAACAUCUGCUGAGAAGCCACUAAGCAGGGCAAAGCUCCAGGAGAUGAGUGGAAGUGACAUAUUUGCUGAUGGGAAGGUUGAGUCCCGAGACUACCUAGGUGGUGUGCGCAAGCCCCCAGGCGGGGAGAGCAGCAUUGCACUGGUUUAACAACUUAGAUCUAACUCUGUUUAUUUUGUUACCUGGUGUCUGGUUUUGUGUUAUAUUCCUAGUGGAGGUGCGAUUAUAUGUUAUUUGACCUUGCAUUGUGGGUUUUUGGGAAUUAUGUUCUAGGUUUUUAACAUAUCAAUCAAAAGCUUGGAACUUUUUUGCUAAUUUGUGUUUGUAUAUCCAUAAUUUUAUGAUGUUCAGUGAGUCUUUAGA